CUGUGUUCUGCGCAUGCGUACGCCUGCUGGUGCUUGCCCAGGCUCCCUUCUGAAGCCUUGUCAGCGGUGGGCCGGGCAGCGAAGCAUAAGGGCGGUAUAUAAGCCGGGCGCCGAGGAGGGAGGCAGGCAAGCAGGCAGCACUGCAGAAGCGCAAGAUGGCAGCUCCGGGGCGCCCGCUGUCGGGGCGUGUGUGUGUGGUGACGGGCGCCUCGCGGGGCAUCGGGAAGGGCAUCGCGCUGCAGCUGUGCGCGGCCGGCGCCACGGUGUACAUCACGGCGCGGGGCAAGGAAGCGCUGGAGCGCGCGGCGGGCGAGGCUCGUGCCCGCGGCGGAAAGUGCGUGGCGGCGGUGUGCGACUCGUCGCGCGAGGAGGAGGUGGCGGCGCUGUUCGAGCGCGUGAAGGCCGAGCAGGGGGGCCGGCUGGACGUGCUGGUGAACAACGCCUUCUCCGGGGUGGGCGCCAUCGCGGGGGAGAUGGGCCUGCCCUUCUGGGAGAGCGACACCGCCCUCUGGGACCAGGUCAACAACGCCGGGCUGAGGGGGCACUACCUCUGCGCCGUCUACGCCGCCCGCCUCAUGGUCCCCGCCGGAAAGGGCCUCAUCGCCAUCGUCUCCUCGCCCGGAGGCCUGCGCUACAUGUUCGACGUUCCUUACGGCGUGGGCAAGGCCGCCUGCGACAGGAUGGCCGCCGACUGCGCCGUCGAGCUCGGGCCCUUCGGCGUGGCCUGCGUGGCGCUGUGGCCAGGCCUGGUCCGCACCGAGAGCCUGGAGAAGGAGGCCAAAGCAGGCUCCAUGCCCUUCUACAAGGAUCUGAGGGAGAGGCUGGCCACCAUGGCAGAGUCCCCCGAAGUGAGUGGGAAGUGCAUCGUGGCUCUGGCCUCCGACCCCGACGUCAUGCGCCAUUCCGGCAAGGUCCUCCUCAGCCCGGACCUGGCCCGCCACUACGGCUUCCGGGAUGUCGACGGCAAAGAGGUCUUCAACUACGUCUCCAUCCGGGCCAUCCUCACUGAAGCCAUGCCCAAGCUGGCCUUCCUUUUCCGCCUCAUCCCCGGGUUCUUCACCAUCCCAAAAUGGGCCCUUACGCUUUAUUCCAGCAAGUUUGCCAUCUACCGACCCAUCCAGCCACCUUUUUUGAAAGCCUCCAAAAAAGACUGAGGCGUACAGAGUAAUGCCCCUCAAAAAAGGACCGACGCCUGUAUUGAAUACAUGAUGAUGCUCUUUCAAGACAGGACUGAUGCCUGUAUUGCAAACAUGGUGAUGUUCCUUUUAAAAAAAAAGACCUGGUGACUGUAUUGUGUACAGGGUGAUGCUCUUCAAAGAAGGCCUGAUGCCUGUGUUGUAUUGACAGUGAUGCAUUACAGUGUACACAAUAAAGGCAGCAGGCCUUUUUUUGCUCAGGAUUUCUUUUCUGACAUUUUCUAAGUAAUGCAAUGUUUUAUCCCUCCCCAGUUGUGUAUCUGCACCAUAGGGUUAAAGCAGUUUGACAUCACUGGGUUACUGUGAGUUUUCCGGGCUGUAUGGCCAUGUUCCAGAAGCAUUCUCUCCUACAUCUAUGGCAGGUACUCUCAGAGGAGAGAAUGUUUCUGGAACAUGGCCAUACAACCAGGAAAACUUACAGCAACCUAGUGAUUCCGGCCAUGAAAACCUUCAACAAGAGUUUGACAUCACUUAGAUUGCUGUGGGUCAGUGGUAUGGAAUCGAGCAAGUUGUAAGGUCUUCUGCCAUCUCUGCCUAAGAGGGCUGGCGCCACACCAAACUACAACUCCCAGGAUUUCAUAGCAUUGAGCCAUGGCAGUUAUAAAGUAUAUGGGCCUUUGUGCCCCCCCCCCCCCCCCCUUCACACAGCAGAUGGGCUGAUAAGGUGUCUGGAUGGGAUAUUGAAUGGGCAUUGUAUUACUACUAUAUUAAUUUUACAGGAGAAUUAAGUCAUUUGCAGUAAUGGAACUGACAGGUUUAAAAACUGCUUAGGGAUUUUCCUGGGAAACUAAAAGGUUGCCAGAAAUAAGUUUAAAGAACUGAAGCAGAAACUUUAAUUCUCUAUCUAGUUAUUCAUCUAAGGCUUUGACUUCAUCUUUGGCUGUAUUAAAAAUAUGUCAGAACAAGCUGUGUUGCACUAUUUUGCUAUUAAAUGGACUUGUUUUGACAGUU